UCGAAACCAAGCGGGGGAAACCACUUCGUGCAGCUGUCACCUUGACGUCAUGCCUGUCCAUGUGUUGUCGGAGGGGGCGGGGCCCCACGCUCAGGUACCAACAGACCAAACCAGGAUUCCCAUCCAUCUCAUCACCACCAAGACGGACUACUCCAACAAAUCAGUCAAGGGGAAAGUGAUUUGUAAAGGCCAGCUGAUGCCGAUAGCAGCUGACGACUUCAUCUUGAAGACUCUCAUCCAAGAAGAAGACUCCCAGCAAAAUACCUCAUUACGGAACCAGUCCAUUAACAUCCUUCUGUUUGGAUCACUGGCCAAAGAUUUCGAUAAAGCUGGCAGUCAAGGGGAUGUGGUGGUGGCCUCUGGCUUCACUGUGGCCAAAUCUUCCACAGUUCAUGAGGACAACCUGCACCACUGUAAUCUGCUGCUGUCAGGAGAUGACGCCUGUCUUUAUGUGUCCCGCCUGUCGUCUCCUCCUGACCCCAGAUCUCCAUUGUCCAAAAAGAGAAGCACCACACUCUCCUCUGAGGUGUCCCGGCUGUUGCCUCCUCCUGACCCCAGAUCUCCAUUGGCCAAAAAGAGAAGCACCACACUCUCCUCUGAGGUUUCCAGAAAUACAAAGACCCCUAAAUAUACAUAUGUGGGACUGGGCGACCUGAAGGCUGGAUCAGUCACGAACGUGUACGGAGUGGUGGUCUUCUUCAAACAGCCAUUCAAGAGCAGGGGAACAGACUACUGCUCCAGCCUGAAGAUCACUGACCAGUCCAACGAGAAGAUUGGCUGCACACUUUUCUGUGAGAAGCUGGAGGACCAUCCCCAAAUCUUUCAAAUCGGAGACAUUGUCCGUAUGCACAGAGUCAAGGCUCAGUGCUUCAACAACUCCAUCACGCUCGUCAACACGUUCGGUUUCUCUGUCUUGACGUUUGACGGGGGAGUGGGUGCAGCUGUGGAGCCACGGACGUCCAGCCGCUCCUUCCACUUUGACCAGGAGGUCCGUAGCACUGUGGAGGGGCUGCGAUCUUGGGCAGCCAGCCAGACUCUCCUGCCCACGGUGCCCACGAUCCCACUGUCUGCCGUUGAGCCCAAGCUUUACUUUGACUUGAACUGCCAGCUGCUGGCCAAAGCUCCCAUCGACACCACCUGCACCCUGCUGAGGGUGUGGGACGGGACAAAGUGUCCUCGCACUCUGCUGAAGGUGAUAGUUGAGGAAAAUGUCACAGAGGGGCCGUCCGUCUUCUCCAAGAAGAAAGAGGACCUCAUCGCCAACAUUCUCAUCUACGACAACCACGUGGAGUUCGCCAGUCAGCUGAAGCCCGGAGACUUUCUGAGGAUCUACAACCUGCGAGCCAUUUCAGGGUCCAGUAAGGUACCUGGCCUCACCAGCAGCCAAUCAGAGGAGGUGGAUCACCUGGCUUUUCAUCUGCACGGUGGGACGGCGUACGGAAGGGGGAUUCGGGUCCUUCCAGAAAACAGCAGUGACGUGCAGGAGCUGAAAAGAACCCUUGAGGCGUUCUCAAGCGACGCCGCCGAAGAUGUUCUGAGCGACUCGGAAUUGAUGGAAAUCUGGAGCACUCCGCCAGAGUCUCUAAAUUUGACAGAGCACUCUGUAGAUGGUGAAAGAGCAGAGUGCAGCACAGAGAGAAGCUGCAGUCACGACUUGCAGCCAGUGACGCUGUCCGAGCUGAAGCGAUCUGAACCGGGUCAAAUUCACCACGUCACUGUCCAGCUGAGAUCCUACCAGCCGCACAGACUCCACCAGGCUCUGAAACUCUACUGCAGCAAGUGCACAUCUAUGCUGGACGUCCCAGAUGAUGAACUGGUAGCUGGUGUCUUUUCGAAGGCUUCCAGGGACCCUGGAUCCUGGAGUCCCCCGCCGUGCUUGCUCUCUGGGAAGGUUGACGUCCCCGCAGACUCUGCAGAAUCUCAGAAGCGAGAUCUGAGUGUCCACCUGUCCACCCAGCUCAUGUCUGAGGGCAAAACAGAAGAGCUCAUCUUUCUCAGGGGUUCGACUCUGGAGGAAACAUGUCGACUGGCAGCCGGCUACAAGAACAUCAUCCCCGUGAGGCCGUCAGGCGGUCACCUGGCUCUGCUGGACAUGUCUGCACCUUUCCUGUUCAGGGGAAGAAAGAGAUACUACGGGUGUGAGCGGUGCUCGAGGGCGACAGUGAAGGAUCCGUUUGCUGAAGGAGUCGAGGCCAUCGAUGAGAAGAUCGUCGCAGAAGCUCUUGGUGUCCAGCUGCUCCAGUACGUCCUGCUGAUGAAGCUCAAGCUGCAAGACGCCACUGACACGCUGGAGGUCUUCCUGUGGAGAGACGCUGAGUUGUUCUUCGAAGUGAAAGCGGAGGAAGCAGCAGCCAAUCAGGAGGCUCAGAAAAGCAUCCAUCAAACCAUGGAUGCCCUUUGUCCACCAGGGGGCACUGAAGAUGGGCGUCCUUGGCUCAAUUUGUGUCUGACAGCGUAUCAAGCAACGGAUGACGAGGGACAGAACCAAACCUGCUACCAGAUCUGCAACACCUCCGUCAUCAGACCCUCCUCCUCCACAUGGUCUGAACCUGACCCCGCCUGAGCCCCAGCAGGUCGGAGGUCACCGUCAAACCAGCAAGAACAGUUUUUUUUUAUAAUUUUGUAUUAUUUAUAUAUUGUCAAGAGAUAAUAAAUGUAAAUACUGCUGACUGACAU